GGGUUGGAAUGAGAGCUUGUGCGCAGGCGCAGUCCUAAGCAAGUGCUCCUACUCUUCGGCUGCGUUUCGUUCUUUCUCUCAGAAAGGAGCUCGCGCGCUGUUCGCGUCUCGCCUUCCGUCCCCUCAGUUUCCUGCAUUUUGGUUUAGUGACGUUCUGUGAGUCGCCUUCGCCAAUAUGUAUGACGCGGAUGAAGGUGAGGUCCCACAAAGGGAAAGCAGACCUGGGGGGGGGGGUCCUUCAUCUGUCUAUGGGGGGGUUUGGGGUUUCUUGAGGAAGGGCGGGGAGUCUAAUGUCUUCCUUAGCUCUGAAAGGUAAUCCCAGCUGUGACUCUAGAGGAGAGGAAUCAAGGCUUAUGACAUCUCUUCAGCCUGCUUAAUAAUAAUGUUGUGGGUUUUUUUGAGGGAUUAUCCGUUAAAAAGACUCAAUUUGGAUCAGACCAAAAGUUCAUAUGGACUAGCAUCUUGUUCUCGGGGUGGCCAGCCAUAUGUUUGUGAGAAGCUGGCGAGCAGAACCUGCGUGCCACUUGAAAGUCCCUGCAAGUGGUAGGCAGAGGCCUCUGAUAGUGGAAGUAGAACAUGCCAUGAACCACUUGCAGAAUCUCAGGCAGAUCUCUGCCACACAGACACACACACACACCUGUUGUGCAGGAGGGAUGCCAGAGUAAACCCUUAGAUCAGGUUCAGUCUCCCUAAGGCUCACAGAGCAGGACUGGAGUCGGGGUUUAUCCGUCAGGGAGUUUGGAAAUAAGCACUUUUCAUAAAUGAGCCAUUUGAUGAAAACUCUUAAAAGGAACGACAUACUAUUCCGUGAAAAUAUUUAUUUUGCAGAUAUGCAAUAUGAUGAGGACGAUGAUGAAAUCACUCCAGAUUUGUGGCAGGAAGCAUGCUGGAUUGUGAUCAGGUAACUUUCCAAAUGGAAAAUACAACGGUUCUGAUUUAGCCAAAGUCGAAACACUUUUUAUAGUCUCACUGUAUUUCAAAAGAAGAAUAUGGCAUACGUGUUUAGAAUGAUUUUAUUCCGUUCUCUGAAAAAUCACUUUAUUGCUAAACCUAGUGUUAAAGGUUAGACUUUUACUGUACACUUGAAAUGGAUGCUCCCAAAUCUCCUGAUUUUGAGCAUCUGUCUGAUCACUUUUUUCAUUCACUUCCUUCAAUCUUUAUUCUACUAUUUUUUUUCCUUCCAAGUGUUUGCUAAGUGCAGCUGUGCCUAAAUCUCUUGAGGCUUAUCUACAAGUAAGAUGCCACUGAAUGCUUGCUGCAUUAUAUGAAUGGGCAAGAGCCACUUGCCAGACCCACAGAUGUUGCUUACUUGUUAGCGUAAUUGCCUUCAGGUGGUCCUUUCUGGUCACAUUCUCAUUCCUUUCAUCUUUUGGUUUGUUCUGCCAGAAGCAGCUAAAAAGUAAAAGCUCAUUCUUCCCAUAGAUCAGUAACUGAACAUGGAACAAAUGCUAUUCUUGCAGAAGGUCUCAGGUUCCAUCCCUCACUUUUCGGGUAAAAGCAGGAUUGGGAAAGACCUAUGCUUGAGACCUUGGAACACUGCUGCCAGUCAGAAUAUACAGUACUUGGCUGGAUAAUGCAGUAUAAGAUCACUUUCCCCAGCAUAACCUCCUUAUGCUACAUAUUUUUAACGAAGAUCCUCCCCUCUUACCUCCAGUCCAAAGGGACAUAAAACAUUCUGUCCUAUAGCGGGUAUUCAGCCAGGAAAUUUAUCUGAGAGUUGUUCUAGGAGAAUUAAAGGUAAGAGAACUUGAAUUUUCAUACAAAUGAUAAUUAAAGAUUUAAUUUUUUAUCAAUUAAUCAUUUGCAUUAUUUGAUUAAAACCCGUCAGCAGAUUUUUAAAUUAAUACCAGUUGUGUAAACAUUUUAGAUGGUAUGAUACACGCGGGAAUCUAAGAAUGAAAGCAAUCUGCUUUUUACUUCAGAAUUCUUGUUUUUGAUCUUAUACUAAAUAGUUCAUUCUCACAAAUUAUCUUCCAAAGUUCCUAUUUUGAUGAAAAAGGCCUGGUCCGACAGCAGCUAGAUUCUUUUGAUGAAUUCAUUCAGAUGUCUGUGCAGAGAAUUGUUGAAGAUGCGCCACCUAUUGAUCUGCAAGCAGAAGCUCAACACGCUACAGGAGAAGUGGAAGAGCCAGUAAGAGCCAGUCUUAUCAUAUUAAUUUUAAUAAUAAUAAUAAUAAUUCAAAGUAAGGUGUAAGUCAGGCAUUCCAAAUCCUGUCCUAUGAAAGUUGUCACUUCUCAUUGUAUAGAAUUUCUAAAUGAAGCCUUGUGUUACUUUCAGCCACGCUACCUUUUGAAAUUUGAGCAAAUUUAUCUCUCCAAGCCUACACAUUGGGAAAGAGAUGGUGCCCCAUCACCUAUGAUGCCAAAUGAAGCCAGGCUGCGAAACCUUACGUAAGCAAUAUCGACUGCUGUUAUUACUGAUGAUAUAUGGUGAAACCUCAAUUGUAGCAAUGUCUGAAAUGUAGUAGCAAAAAAAUAAAAUCCUGGGCUAAAUUUGUAGAGCUACUGGUAUUUCUAGUUCAAAUUCGCAACUACUUGGCAAAAAAACUCAUCUUUCUUUAAUAUUUAAUUAAUAUUUAAUUUUUUUCCAUUGAAGCAUGACAAUUUCUCUUUCAAAGGUAUUCUGCUCCAUUGUAUGUGGACAUAACUAAGACAGUUAUUAAGGAAGGAGAGGACCAGUUGCAGACACAGCAUCAGAAAACUUUCAUAGGCAAAAUUCCUAUCAUGCUGCGAUCCACCUACUGCUUAUUAAAUGGCUUAACGGACCGUGAUCUUUGUGAGCUGAACGAAUGCCCUCUUGACCCUGGUGGCUAUUUCAUUAUUAAUGGAUCAGAAAAGGUAAGAAUUAGGAAUUCACAUGAAAAAAUGACUUGCACAGAAAAUUCCAUGCAUUUGGUACACGGUAGCUUCACCCCGUCUUCAUCUUUGCUCACCAACCCCAUCUACCUCCUGUUGAUAUUAUCCCCAUGUUGCACCUCACCAAACCUACCCCUCUCUCCUUAGAGCUGUUCCUUUGUGGUUCACCUGAGCUGCCCACCCCAGAUUCCUUCCUCUGCUGCCCUUCUCCUCACCCUCCAACGCUGCUGCAGUGGUCCAGCAGCUUUCAGAAGGCGGUUGUCAUGGUGUAGUUCACAGUGCCACCUGUCAGCAGUCAAAUGAACUGCUGCAUGUCGACAACCUUACCCUUUUAUUAUAUGUAAGAAAUGUCAAGAAUGAAGUCUCCCAUAGACCUCCUUUCUUGUAAUCUUAAUAGUUGAUUGUAAUCUAAUGGGGUUGAUUUUGUUUACCUUUGGUGAAUGCUUCAUUGCUGAAUAGAGAGAGCCCAGGUCUCCUUGAAAUAAAUAAAAAUUAAAAAAUUGUCCAGUAGCACCUUAGAGACCAACUAAGUUUGUUCUGGGUAUAAGCUUUCGGGUGCAUACACACUUCUUCAGAUACCUGAAGAAGUGUAUCUGAAGAAGUGUGCAUACCCACGAAAAUUUAUACCCAGAACAAAUUUAGUUGGUCUCUAAGGUGCUACUGGACAAUUUUUUAUUUUUUAUUUCAUCUGCAUCAGACCAACACUGCUACCUACCUGAAUCCAGGUCUCCUUGGACCAAUAUCAUGUGUUACAUUUGCUUUAUCAUAAUUCCUUCCGCUAGUCUCCAGCUCAGAGAUCUCUUAAGGCAUGCGUAUCUUAGAUGAAGAACAAUGACGGCCAACGUUAAUGUUACAAAAGUAGUCUCUUAAAACGAGCUACGUCUUUGUGCUUGCUCAUUUCCCAAACAGGUUCUGAUUGCUCAAGAGAAGAUGGCUACAAAUACCGUAUAUGUGUUUGCAAAGAAAGACUCCAAAUAUGCCUACACCGGAGAGUGCAGGUCUUGCCUGGAAAAUUCUUCUCGGCCCACAAGUACGAUAUGGGUCAGCAUGCUGGCCAGAGGCGGCCAGGUAAGCAAUUUGGCUUAAAUCUUGGGAUUGCAAGAGGGUAAGAAGUCUGCCUAAUGGCUGUGGUUCCCAAAGUGGAGCCCCUUAAGAAGACAUAAGCAACUGUCAAGCAAACUACAAAUGCUCUUAUGACUCACUCCUAUCCUCUUUUGUAUUUGGCAAGACAGUGGGUUUCUCUCCUGUUUCUCCCCCUCCCCUCGCCAGUUAGUUUAAUACUAGUAAUAGUUUAAUACUAGCAACCAGUGGCCAUCUGAAACUCUGUUUAUUUUUGGCAGCUAAAAGUUCUGACCAUCCGUGAAUUGUACAUAUACAUCUACAGUCUUGCAUUACUCUGUACCUCUUCCGUCCUCUCCCUUCCCACCUUGAUGGUGAACUUUUGUUUGCACAUUGGGAAGGAGACGAGUGGUGGAGUUCCUCCUCAGAAUUAGGGAAACAGGAAUGAGAAUCUGAGUUUGCAUUUUGAUCUACAGACCAGUCCCAGUCAUGUUUACUUGGAAUUAAGCAGCAUUUAAAUUGCAGGGGUUUGCCAAAUAAACAUGGUUAGGAUCUGAGAGGCCCAUUAAUUUUAACAAGAAAAAAAAUGUUAUUGAACUUAAUUUGUCCCAAAGUACUUUGUAUUUACAGCCCAAUGUGUGAUAAUUUUUUAAAAUAAUUGUUUUGUAGUCCUUGCACAUGCUCAGUGGAAUUUUGACUCCUUUCUCUUUUAUAUAUAUAUAGAGAGAGAGAGACCUUAUCAUAAACUGCUUUAAAAAUCAUCCCAAAAGCAGUUUUCUACGCAACAUAAGGGUCUGUUCAAUAAUCAUGUCCAAAAUCCCAUUGGGCUUACAGAACUAGUUGCAGGGUUCUUUAACUGUGGGCUUUUCAAGUUACUGAGUCACCUGUUCAUAGUUCUGAAGGAUCAAUUAGAAAUGAUGUAAACCUUAGUAUUGCAGCAAUGGUUUGUACCACUGGAGUAAAGAGGUUUUUGAAAUGUAUCCUGUUCUGGAUCGUAUGGGCUUUAACCUUUGCUGAAAACAAUAUAUUUGAAACGAAUAAACUAAUAAAUAUUUGCUCUUCAAAUACAAAUGCCUUGAAAAUCUGUUUCUAUAUCCAGGGUGCAAAGAAGAGUGCCAUAGGUCAACGUAUUGUGGCAACUUUGCCCUACAUCAAGCAGGAAGUCCCCAUUAUUAUCGUUUUCCGUGCGCUUGGUUUUGUGUCUGACAGAGAUAUACUGGAACAUAUAAUUUAUGACUUUGAAGAUCCUGAGAUGAUGGAAAUGGUAAUAUCUUGAUUUUUUUAUAUUGAUCUGUGACAUAGAGCUACACGUAUAUUCAGAAACCUUAUGUAAUGAAACCCAGCAUGCAAAAUUGGUUGCACUCAGUUUUACUUUUACCACCUAAUUCUGUAAUGUCUGCUUGCCAUUACAGUCUUACCUUGGAAGUAGAAUGGAAUCCAUUCCGGAAGUCCAUUUGACUUCCAAAAUGUUCGAAAACCAAAGCACGGCUUCUGAUUGGCUGCAGGAAGCUCCUGCAGCCAACCGGAAGCUGUGGAAGCCCCGUCAGACAUUCGGCCUCCAAAAGAACUUUCGAAAACCAGAACACUCACUUCCGAGUUUCGAUCGUUCAGGAGCCGAUUUGUUCGGGAGCCAAGGUGUUUGAGAUCCAAGGUACAACUGUUUCUAACAUCUAACUUUAAUGCUGACUUCAGGAAGCUCCUCAACCCUGACAACACCGUCUUUUUAAUAUAUAUGAUAGGUUAAGCCUUCAUUGGAUGAAGCGUUCGUCAUCCAGGAACAGAAUGUCGCGCUGAACUUCAUCGGCUCAAGAGGUGCAAAGCCAGGAGUCACCAAGGAGAAAAGAAUCAAAUAUGCAAAAGAAGUUUUGCAGAAAGAGAUGCUUCCGCAUGUCGGUGUCAGUGACUUCUGUGAAACCAAAAAAGCUUACUUUCUCGGGUAUGUAAAUAUACACAGUCUGCCUGUGGGAACUUACUUGCACAUUGUUUAGAUGAGGGUUAAAAAAUGAAGACAGAAGCCUGUAGCAAUAUUCUUGAUUACAGUAAUAAAUCAGCAUAAUAAAUAAUAAUAAAUAAUAAUUAUUAUAAUAAAUAAUAAAAACAAAUAUUUUAGGAAAUAUUUACAAGUUCAUUUUUCCCAAACAUCUUAGGUAUAUAAUGUGUUGAUAACUCCUCAAAGUGAUGUAAUUUAAAAAUAGCUUAAUGUCCUCUUUUUGUCCCAGAAAUCUGAAUGCCCAUUUCCUGUUAAAUAACCUGCAUAUUUUGUUAGGUACAUGGUUCAUAGGCUUCUGCUGGCAGCUUUAGGGAGAAGGGAGCUGGACGACAGAGAUCACUAUGGCAACAAGCGGCUUGACCUUGCAGGCCCCCUGCUCGCUUUCCUGUUCAGAGGGUGAGUGCAACAAGUUCUUAUUGUUAUUUAUUACUGAUAAUGUAUGUUCAAAGGUUUUUCCAAAAUGUUUUAUGGGGAAAGCUGGUCCCAUCUCCCUACAACUGGUUUUUUUCUGAUUUCUUUUUCUACAGAAUGUUUAAGAACCUGCUGAAAGAAGUUAGAAUAUAUGCACAAAAAUUUAUUGACAGAGGCAAAGAUUUUAACUUGGAGCUGGCUAUUAAAACCAGGAUUAUAUCGGAUGGCUUGAAAUACUCAUUAGCUACAGGGAACUGGGGAGACCAGAAGAAAGCUCACCAGGCCAGAGCUGGAGUAUCUCAAGUAAGUGUUCAAUGGAUCUCAUGAGGCUGUGUGUGUUGCAGGUAAACAUAUCAUUCAUAUCUGAACCCCUCUAACUUGAUCAGAUUAUUUUAGGUGUCUCACUGAAAUCUGCCUUGUUUGACUUUUUUUGGUCCUUCUUCGCCUUUGGCCUUAAGGAAUCAAAGUGAAACAGUUGGAAGGUCAUAUGGGGCCUUGACCUGAGAGGAAAAGUUAUCUUUUCUGCAAGAGAGCAGUUGUGGGUGGCUAUGGGUUGUGAGCAAAGGGAAUAUGACAUUUUGGGCAUGAGAGCUAAGAAAAAGGUUGAGGACAGCAAGGGAGCAGAUCUCACUCUUCCACUGUGCUCCUUCUAGAUCUACACUUGCUUUACUGUAGCGUCAAAUGCACCCUGGCUGCUUGCCAGGUCUGAAUUGAACUCUUAGUAAAUUGCCAUGCUGGAGUCACGCUAAAUAUUGUAAUUGAAUGUUCAUUAACUGUACGAUAACUCAGUUGGUUAGAGCAUGGUGCUGAUAACGCCAAGGUUGCAGGUUUGAUCCCCAUACAGGACAGCUGCAAGUUUCUGCAUUGCAGGGGGUUGGACUAGAUAAUCCUCAGGGUCCCUUCCAACUCUAGGAUUCUAUGUAACUUCCAAUUUUAGUAACUGGAUAUUUAGCCCUUGGCAGUAUUGAUAUGUGGUAUAUUCCUGGAUCUUGUGAGGAAGCCUAAAAAUGUCCUCUUGUUGCACCUCUGAAGGUAUUGAACCGUCUCACCUUUGCAUCUACGCUUUCCCACUUACGUCGUUUGAAUUCCCCUAUUGGCAGAGAUGGCAAACUAGCAAAGCCCAGACAACUGCACAACACCUUGUGGGGAAUGAUUUGUCCUGCUGAAACACCAGAGGUAAUGCGGAGAUAGGAUUGAAAACAAAGCAUUCAGUGUGCCCAUGAGCUUCAGUGUUUUUCAUCUAUGUCUUUAUUUGGAAUGGCAGUUGGUUUCAUUUUUAGACUUCAUGAAGAAAUUUGAUAAAAAGCGAUUAGUAUAGGGAAAAGCGAUUUAGGAAACCCUUGUGCUUCUCAUAAGCUUAUUAGGCUCCCAGCAUGUUCCCAAGAACAAUUCAAAGUGUUGGUGCUGACCUUUAAAGCUCUUAAACUGCCUCGGCAUGAAGGAGCGUCUCCACCCCCAUCGUCCAGCCCAGACACCGAGAUCCAGCACAGAGGGCCUUCACUGCGAAAAGGGAAGUUGCAAGGGAACCCGGCAGAGGGCCUUCUUGGCAGUGGCACCCACCUUGUGUAAUGCCCUCCCAUCAGAUGUCAAGGAGAUAAACAACUGCACGAAUUUUAGAAGACCUCUGAAGGCAGCCCUGUAUUGGGAAGUUUUUAAUGUUUGAUGUUUUACAGUAUUAUGUUUUAUAUGUGUUGGAAGCCGCCCAGAGUGGCUGGGGAAACCCAGCCAGAUAGGCAGGUUACAAAUAUAACAACAGCACAUGCUUUUUCAUUCAGAAGGUCUCGGGUCCAGCUUCCGUUAUCUCCAGGUAGGGUUGUGAAAGUCCCCUGUCUGAAAACAGGAGAGUCCUAUGUUCAAUCUUCUCAUUUGCACAGUGGAGCACUAGGCAGGGUUGAGACCUAUCCUUAGUUUAUACAUGCCUCAGAAUACCGUGGCUCUUUGGGGAGACCUGGGUGCUGCAGAAUUUGUCAGUGGAAAGGGUUGAUGUGAACAUGCCCAUAAAGAAAGUUUUCGAUUCAGAACUUUUGUGCCUUAGGAAUUUCAUGAAAUCUGCACAUGGUCUUAAAGAGAUGCCGGUGUAAAAAAUAACCGACUCCAUGUGUCCUUAGGGUCAUGCGGUGGGGCUUGUGAAGAACCUAGCCCUAAUGGCAUAUAUCUCUGUGGGGUCUCAGCCAUCCCCAAUUCUGGAAUUUUUAGAAGAAUGGAGUAUGGAAAACUUAGAAGAAAUCUCUCCAGCAGCUAUUGCAGAGUAAGUGUGAAAACGAUGUUUCAAUAUUGAUAACGUCCGUAUGGUUCAAUCUAGGACAAUGUUCUCAGAACCCCUUUCUUCUUUUCUGAAGCGCUACAAAGAUCUUUGUGAACGGCUGUUGGGUUGGGAUACACAAGGACCCGGAGCAGCUCAUGAACACACUAAGGAAACUGCGGCGUCAGAUGGACAUCAUUGUAUCGGAGGUAGAUAUUGGGUCAUAAUAUUGCUCUACCAAGUGGAACGCAGUAACUGGGAUAUUCAUUGACUUGCUGCUAUAUUUCAGGUAGAGAUUGUUAAUAGCGUUGGACCUGGCUUGCUGAAUCCAUUUAAAAUUCAGAAUGGCCAGUUCAAGCACUCUUUUGCAUGUAAUAAAUCACUUCUCCACAACCUGCUACCCUCCAGAUCUUUUUCUCUUCAGUUCCCAUCAUCCCUGAUCAUUGGUUGAGCUGUCUGGGGCUGAUGGGAAUUGUAGUUUAAAACAUCUUGGGAGUAUCAGGUUGGCUUAGGCUAUGCUAAACAUUUGGCAUUUAAAAAAUGGCAUUUGGCCAUUCUCCUACCAUUGUUUUUGAGCAUUAUGCUUUCUCAUAUAGGUGUCCAUGAUCAGGGAUAUCAGGGAGCGGGAAAUUCGCAUUUACACCGACGCUGGCAGGAUUUGCCGCCCACUUCUAAUCGUGGAAAAGCAAAAGCUGCUGCUGAAGAAGAGGCAUAUCGACCAGCUGAAAGAGCGUGAAUAUAACAACUACAGGUGGGAAACUUUGCAUGGUGCUUCCAUUCCUAUCGCAUUUCUCUUAAGGGACGGUGUGUAUGUCUCGUGGUUCGCCACCAGCAUUUGUGAAAUGGUGCUGUUCAUGGUGGAUUAGGCAAUAUGCUGUAGCACACCAGCUGAAAAGAUUAUUUGCCAGUGAACAUCCAUUACCGAAUCAGUGCUUCUGGCGGAAUCAGUUGUGUGUUACAGCAUCCCGUGUAAAUGGGCAUAAGGGCUUCAAAAUUGCAUCGACGCUGCUCAUCUAUUCCAAGUCCUGAAGGUGCUGAAAGAUUUGCAGUUGCAUUAAAUGAAAACUGGAUAGCUCUGUUGGGUAGCGUGUGGUGCUAAUAAUGCCGAGGUUUGCAGGUUUGAUCCCCGUAUGGGACUGCUGCAUAUUCCCAACUAGAUGAGCCUCAGGGUCUCUUCCAACUCUAGAAUUCUAAGUUCACCAGUUGCAAAUGAACAACACCUGCUUGAUAUAAAAUCAGAUAUUUGGACCUAAAAUAAUCAAGGCCUUUUUUUCUUUCUUUUUUAAAGCUGGCAGGAUCUGGUGGCCAGUGGUGUAGUAGAAUACAUUGACACCCUAGAAGAGGAGACUGUCAUGCUGGCCAUGACUCCGGAUGACUUGCAGGAGAAAGGCGUUGCCUACUGUUCAACCUACACCCACUGUGAGAUUCACCCAUCCAUGAUCCUAGGAGUCUGCGCAUCGAUUAUCCCGUUUCCUGAUCACAACCAGGUUUGUAGAAUUUGUUAUAAAGGUAGACAAUAAAAAGUUUUAUAACUGGACCAUGGCAGAAUAUGUAAGAUCUGCUUGUGUGUGCAAAUAUUUUUUUAAAACCUGCAAUGAUGUUUUCCAUCUUAAUUAUCUUCUUUUACCUUCAUAGUCUCCUAGGAACACGUACCAGUCUGCUAUGGGGAAACAGGCUAUGGGCGUUUACAUUACCAACUUCCAUGUCCGUAUGGAUACCCUUGCCCAUGUCCUGUAUUAUCCUCAGAAACCCCUUGUGACAACCCGCUCUAUGGAAUACCUGCGAUUCAGAGAGUUGCCGGCAGGUAUGUUUACAAGGUCCUCUUCUGAAACUUCUUUGCACUGCUUCUGAAAUUUAGUACUCGGAACCCUGAUCACGGGGAGGGACACUUUGAGAGAUAAGACGGCCCCUUGGCCCUUACCUGAGUGGGGCCAAAGCGGUUUGGCAGUGACGGAGCCCGACUGUACAAGCUGUCCCUGGUGCAGCAGGAAGAUUUGCCUCGGCUGGUACAAGAGGAUAGUCCUUUGCGAACUGUCUCGCUAAGAGGUGGUGGGUUUUCUCCUUCCCAGUUUCUCAACAUGUUUCCGAUGUUUUCAUGUCAAUUUGCUCUGACAUGAAAACUACGCUUCCACCUACAGUCAGAAUGCAAUAUAAAACAACUUGGGGAGGGGGCUAUUCCCUAGGUGUGGGGUGUGCUAUACCGAGAACGCAUGUUGGGUCAGAGUGCACUUUGGCUAUUGCGUAGUCAUGAAGCCAACUGAUAUCAGUGCUCCUUGGGAGCUUUCCUCAAGAUAAUUUUUCUUGUUCGGGCCCAUACUUUUGGGCAUUAGUUUUUGCUUCUCCUUGCUUGUACUUUCCUUAUUGCAUCCCACCAAGGUGGCGGUUUCCCAGCUUUUCAGCAAGCGCAAGGUAUUUCUAGAAUUCCAACUGUACCCUGCUUAGCCAGACCAGAAAUACGGAUUAUUAGGCUCACAAUGGACCACCUCCUAAGAAGAGCACAGGCAUAAUUGUUCGUUCGCUUGCACUGGAUGUAGCGAGCAGAAAGCAGUUGCAGAUGGGCAGGAGGAACAUUUGAGUGGCCGCUACAAACAAAAUACUUUGCUUGAAAUGCCUGCACCUCACCAAAGUGAGGUUCCUGUUACAUAACAGCAUUGCCAGGAUUCACCACAAGGAGUCACUAGAGAGGUUUAAGAAAUCACUUCCACACAGCUGCCACGUGCUGGUAUUUUGUAUUGACAUUCCUGUUUCUGGGUACACGAUAAUAGAAAUACAGGACGGAGAAGGAAUGAUGUGUGAUAACCGAGUCGUGCUCUUGAAUCUCUCCUACAGGCAUCAACUCUAUUGUGGCCAUAGCUUCAUAUACUGGAUAUAACCAAGAAGACUCUGUCAUCAUGAACCGUUCGGCAGUCGAUAGGGGCUUCUUCAGGUCUGACCUACUUGACUUUAGACUUCUGUAUGAGGCAGUCCUUUAGGAUAAAUAUCUCAAGGAUCGCCUCUCCCUAUAUAAACCGUCCCAGACCCUGAGAUCAUCUUCUGAGGCCCUCCUUUGUUUGCCUCCGCCUCGAGACGUCCCGAGAGUGGCAGCAUGAGAAUGGGCCUUCUCUGUAGUGGCUCCCCAUUUGUGGAAUGCUCUCCCCAGGGAGGUUCGCCUGGCACCUUGAUUAUACAUUCUUAGGUGCCAUGUGAAAACGUUCCUCUUCAAUCAGGCCUUUGGCUGAUUAAUAUUCUGUAGCCUUUUAAAUGUGUCUGUGGGAAGGGGUGUGUGUGUGUGUGUGUGUGUUGUUUAUUUGCUCUUGUUUUAAUUAUUUACUUGUUUGUAUACUGAAUUUUAUCCUGUGAACCACCCUGAGAUCAUACCAUGAAGGGGUGGUAUAUAAAUCUAAUUUCAGUCGUACCUCGGAAGUCAAACAGAAUCCAUUCUGGAAGUCCGUUUGACUUCCAAAACAUUCAGAAACCAGGGUGAGGCUUCCGAUUGGCUGCAGGAAGCUCCUGCAGACAAAUUGGAAGCCGCGUAAGCCGUGUUGGACGUUCGGGUUCCAGAGAACGUUUCCAAACCGGAACACUCACUUCCGGGUUUGCUCCGUUCGGGAGCUAAAACGUUCAACUCGCAAGGCGUUCAUCAACCAAGGUACGACUGUGAUUAAUUCUCAAGUGGUGUUCUACAGUUUCAUGCAUGGGAAGUGUAAUUGCAAUAGGACAGUGGCUUUCAGACUUUGCACCUCCAGAGAACAGUUUUUGCAUGGAUCUGCCAAGGACCAUUUGCCAAUUGUGUGUACACACAUGCUUCCCUGCGCGGCUGAUACUGCAGUGGUAUAUCCUGGUAGGCAGUCUUGGGACAUGAGGGAUGCUGACCAGAUUUGUUAGGUCUCGCUCAGCAGAGGUUAGAGUGUGCCUCAGAAGAUAGUGUUCAGCUCUCCCCUAAAUCAGCAGUGGCAUGCAAGAUGUCUAUCAUGGGCAGUAAUCUGCUUCUGCAACUUCCCCCUCAUAUAUACUUAAAAGGAAGCCCAGAAUGUUCCAGAUCACAGUUCAAAAACCACCGCAGUAGACAGAUAACUGAUGAGUGAAAACAUGUGAAGUUGUCACGUUGACCUUCUUUAUGUUUUCAUGCAGGCCGUAUUGUGUGAGGGCAGAUUGCUGGUUGGCUGAAUGUUUUUAAUGAUGAAGGCUUGCAUCAAAAAUGUGCUUGGUACUUCUUGAGGAGGAGAGUUCAUUUUCCCAGUGCCAGGAGGCCUUUGCAUUUCUCAGCAGGGAAAUGUCUCUUGUGCCAUUGCCUUAAAUCAAUAAGUUCCCCGGAAGUCCCUUGUCGGCAGCUAGUUUUCUUGAAAUAACAUCUUUGAGAAGGCCGCAAGGGAUGGUAGGCUUUUAUUGCAACCUCUGCCCCAUCCCCCACUGACCUAACAAUACAUUUUGUUUUCCACACCUUUCACCUCUAAUUGACUGUGGGGUGGAUUUAGCCAAGGGGCUUCUAGUUGCCGACUCUUAAUAGGACUGCUUCAGCUGUUUCCCUCAGUAUUGCAUCCUAUUCUUGACUGAGGCACGCCCUGUACCGUGUCUGUUUGAAACAGAGCCUGAAUUGGAAGAGUGGUCUUGGGUUUGGAUUUGAGGCCUUUUUCAUUUCCCCCCCCUUCAGAUCUGUAUUCUAUCGUUCUUACAAAGAGCAAGAGUCCAAGAAAGGAUUUGACCAAGAGGAAGUGUUUGAGAAACCUACUCGUGAAACGUGUCAAGGUAAGAAUAAACAAGGAUUCUUGAGAACUAGGCUGACAGGUUGCUGCUCAAAACUUGGAUUCCCCUGUGCCCUUAUAAAUCAAAAAGAGCGAUGCAACUUCCCCUUAUGUUCUCGCACGUUCUCUUGCAGGGAAAGGAACUACUGGGUUGUUGUUUUUUGUAUGCUAUCCCUUGUAACGACAGAUUAGAUUUUAAACUUGUUAACCUGGGUUUGUAUUGCACUGGUGUGAUGGGCAAUGCAAAUACAGUGGUGCCUCUCAAGACGAAAUUAAUUCGUUCUGCGAGUUUUUUCGCCUUGCGAAUUUUUCGUCUUGCGAAGCAUGGUUUUCCAUAGGAAUGCAUUGAAAAUCAAUUAAUGCGUUCCUAUCAUAAAAAAUCAUAAAAAUGCAGGAAAAAAACCACACAAGCUUCCAGAUUCUUGCAAACCCCUCCCCAACACCAAGUCCUUGAAUUCCAUACACUCCAACCCAAAAUCCGAAAAGCCCAAAAAAUGUUUUAAAAGUUUAACUUACCAAAUGGCUGCAAAAGAAGUUUUGGAAAAGCUUCAAAAAUCACCAGUGUCUUCAAAAACCUCAAAAGAGGUUACCACACCGCGUGCUAUGAGUUGCUCCUCGAAGUCAAGUCGCAACUGCACCUCUUCAAGCAAUGCACCCUGGGUAUUAACGGUUUUAAGAAAAAGCAAACAAACUUGCAAGACGUUUUCGUUUUUCGUCUUGCGAAGCAAGCCCAUAGGGAAAUUCGUCUUGUGAAGCAACUCAAAAAACGAAAAACUCUUUCGUCUUGCGAGUUUUUCGCCUUGCGAGGCAUUCGUCUUGCGAGGUACCACUGUACACUUCAUACAGAUUAAAUGCUUCCUAGGGAUGGUUUCUUUGAGAUCACAAAUUUGGGUGAAACAGAUGAGUUGCCCCCCCCUUUAGCAUAAAUGUUAAAAAUUUAACUUAGCACAACUUACCCCAUUAACCUAGCUGUUCAGCAACAAAACUAAAUAACAGUGACAGUGCUGGAAGUGACAGCCCCCCCAUUAGUAUGUCUGGUUCUUUCCCCUGCAUGCAUCUGGCUUUGCCGGAUCAUGGCCUCAAAGGACGAAGCUGAACUCAAAGGCCACCCAAUCACCUUAAGAACAUGCGGUGGUCUGCAGUACAACCACACUUAGGAAUUGCGCUAUGGGCUUACUUGAAAUUGCAGAGAACCAAGGUCAGCCAUGCGCUGUGUGUGAUUUAGCCAACCAGCCGUAUAUUUUUACCAUGCAGGAAGCCAAAAUUGGGGUGGGGGCAGUUCUUUUUUUCAGGGGGUACUCAAAUGUGUGCAGUACUGGCACCUCUUUUUGUUGUUAAAGAGUGUGGCAUUUGCUCUAACAACUUCAUGGUGAGUACCGGCACCUAUUUUUGUGUAUAUAUAUAGAAAUCACUGGGGUUGGUGGAUGAUUUUGUAAGCCUUUGAUGUGCUGGUAUGCUUGUGUUCAGCUAGGUGGGUUGCAAAUUGUGCAUUUGUUUUCCCCAGGGAUGAGGCACGCCAUCUAUGACAAACUGGACGACGAUGGCUUGAUUGCACCCGGCGUGCGCGUCUCGGGAGAUGACGUCAUCAUUGGCAAGACUGUAACUUUGCCCGAGAACGAAGACGAGCUGGAGAGCACCAACCGCCGUUACACCAAGAGAGACUGCAGCACUUUCUUACGCACUAGCGAAACGGGCAUUGUGGAUCAGGUCAUGGUUACCUUGAACCAGGAGGGAUACAAGUUUUGUAAAAUUAGGGUAAGCGUAGGAGUUAUGCGUGAUUAUUUGCUAAUGAUAAAGCCAUAAUUCUGGAGUAACCGACUGUCAUCUUUAUCUCCAGGUGCGCUCUGUGAGAAUCCCACAAAUUGGAGAUAAGUUUGCCAGCAGACAUGGGCAGAAAGGUACCUGUGGUAUCCAGUACAGACAAGAGGUAAAAGCAGCCUGUUUUUUUGAUGCAAGGGAGAAACAUGCUUAGAAAUCUGUAUUUGAAGCUAUUGUCGUUAUUUUGAUUUAUUACCUGCCUACUUUAUUACCUACACGCUGCAAGCUUCAAAGGCCAUGGUGGAGACGUACUGUAUUUUUCUGUGUAAGAGACUGUUUUUUGCUUUAAAAAAAUUAGGUCAAAAUUGGGGGUCAUCUUAUAUACAGAAAAAUAAGGUAUGUUGAGUGAGCGAGCGAUUGGCAACAGCGACCCCCCCAAAAAGAAAAACAAUUCAAGGGUGGUCUCCCCCCCAACGUUAACAACCUCCCAAAAAAACCGCCCCAGCUUUUUAAAAUUAAGUUUGGGUUCCAAAAAAUAGGGGUCAUCUUAUACAUGGGGGUGUCUUAUACACGGAAAAUACAGUAUAUCUUCAUUGUUCGGAAACUGUUAUUAGUGAAGGUGUCAGGCACACCUCUGUACAAAGCGAGUUCUGCAACUUGGGUUUCCUCAGGGUAUGCUUUGUCCCAGACCCCCACUACCCCUAGCUUCCCCUAGUGGAACUACCAAGAGGGUCCCUUCUGCUGAUCUUAAUGUAUCAUAAUUUCAAAAUGUUGGUCUUCAACCUGAGAAGGUCACUCAUCUAGGAGAAGGAAAACUCUGCUCCUAAAUCUCUACUGCCUUCUGUGAUAUCUUUGGAUUUGUGUAGGGUUUACUCCUUAGCUAUUUUUUUUCCUCCCAGAGUGGAGUACCUAGGAUGGUUGUUUGGCACCUUGUAUGCCUCCUUUUUGCAACUCUUGCAGCCAAGCUGGUGCCAAACGUAUUGCUCUGCUUUCCUUUGGACCACAUCAGUGAGGCCGAGAUGGAGGUCUUGUAAUCUAGGCAGCCCAGGAUCUCCAUACACACUGCCCAGACUUGCAACCCAGGGAAGUCACUUUGGUGCUGCUAAUGCAGUGGUUUGACAUCACCCCCACAGGCACAUUCCAUUGUCUCGAGAUAGACGGAUGCCAGCAAUUAUGGUGUUCAACAAGCAACCAUAAGCUUGACCAAUCAAGUUCUUUGUGAGCCUCUCUGGGGAAAGCGUUCUGUAACCGUGGCAGUACAGAGAAGGCCCUACACAGAUCAAACAUUCCUUUGGGGGCAGGAAUGUUUGUACGAAAGGAGGCAGUGCACAAGGACAUUAGGCCUUGGCCAUUUAGGGGCUUUAAAGUGUAUGUAACUGGCUCUUAAAAAUACACAGGAAGCCUGUGCAGCUGAAAAACGAUAAUUUAAUUUGCUUCCUGUAGCAAGUCACUGUCAAAGGUGUUGGGCAGCAGAAUUCUGAGCAAGAUAAAAAACUUCUGGAUCAUGUUCAAGGGCAACCCUAUGUAGUGUUACUUAAGAUGAAGACUGAGUGUUCAUAAAACAGAAUUGUCAGUGCACAGCUGGACAGCAGCGGAAAUUCAGAGCAGAUUGAAAGCCUGGUGGAACAAAACCAUUUUUACAGCUUGCCUAAGAAUCCUGGUGCACUGUACAAAAAAGCAGUUGAUUCACAGCAAGUAAAUGUGCAUUAAUCAGAAUUAUAUACAGUCGUACCUUGGUUCUCAAACAGAAUCCAUUCUGGAAGCUUGUUCGACUUUUGAAAAACAAGACGCAGCUUCCAAUUGGCUGCAGGAGCUUCCUGCACUCAAUUGGAAACCGUGGAAGCAGCAUCGGACGCUCAACUUCCAAAAAACAUUCGCAAACCGGAACACUCACUUCCAGGUUUGCUGCGUUCAGGAACCAAAACGUUAAGAGUCGCAAGGCGUUUGAGAUCCAAGGUACGACUGUAUACAUAUAUAAAAUGUUUGCAGAAAGCAGCUAUAAGUGGCAUUUUCCUUUCCUGUCUAGGACAUGCCUUUCACCUGCGAAGGUAUUACCCCCGAUAUAAUCAUCAAUCCUCAUGCCAUCCCUUCACGUAUGACCAUUGGUCACUUGAUUGAAUGUCUGCAAGGGAAGGUAAGAACUGGGGAACAUUGAAGUAACGUGAAAAGUUACAAAAAAGCGGCAGGGCAGGGUGUUUGCAGGCUUUUUCGAUGGUGUUUCAAAUAUGUCAGAUUUCACUUAAACAAGCUGUGCCUUGGAGCGUAACCCCUGCAUAAAUUGGGAGCUGCUCGUACUCUGUUAAACUACCUGCCUCCCCUUUUUAGGUAUCAGCAAAUAAAGGAGAAAUCGGUGACGCCACACCUUUCAAUGAUGCAGUCAACGUGCAGAAGAUUUCUAACUUGCUGUCUGACUAUGGCUACCAUCUGAGGGGAAAUGAGGUACGUCAUGGUCUUGAGGGGCAACAGGAGCUCAACCGUGCUGCCACGUUGCCUGUGAUUUGGUGUUCAUGGAGUCUCGUUCUUUCCCUCCAGGUUUUGUACAAUGGCUUCACUGGCCGCAAAAUCACAUCGCAGAUCUUUAUUGGCCCUACUUACUACCAGCGGUUAAAACACAUGGUAGAUGACAAAAUCCAUUCCCGUGCAAGAGGGCCAAUUCAGAUCCUUAAUAGGCAGCCUAUGGAAGGUCGAUCCCGGUAAGAAAUAGAUGUGCGCCUUAAUGACAUGUUGUCCGGAGCAAUGAAGGGUCUGUUUGUAGUCCUUGCCUUUCAAAAACCAUCAUCUGAGGAGGGAGAUGGGCUCAGGUGUCUAGAAUGAAAUGACAGGCCAUUUUCUCAGUUGCCUGUGGUGUAAGCAUGAAUCCCUCGCAGGUGGCCAGGCGCAGACUCUUGUCUAAAAUGUAAGAGGGCUUGUUCUUUCACACAAUCAAAUGACAUUGGUAGAGGUGGGCUUGGAAAUUUUUUUGGGUGGGUUAGUCAUUUUUGUGGACUGACUUGAAAGUCUUUGGAAAGGGGGUUGCAUAGGUGCACCCUGGCUGGUUAUUGUCACCUUCUGUGGGCAGGAAACAUUUGCAGAUAAAUCUUAAAUUGGUUUGUAUGUAAAGCAGCCUAUGACCUUGACGUGCUUUGCACUAUUUCCCCUCCUACGUGAAAGUUAACACGAACACUGUGUCAAGAAAAGCUGAAUUCUGCAACCUUUAAAUUAAAUAUAGUGACGCGACUUACUUAGCAUUCUUUUAAUUCUUCAGGUUUUGCAGCUUUGCAUAAUAUAUUCUACUCGUCACAGGAGAAGCCAAUGAGAUCCAAAGGGCACAGAAACCCCAUCCCUCACCUCUGGAAAUCUCAUUUAGCAAUGUUUUUAGUUUCUGAAAUUUCCCCCGAGCUUUGCCCACAGAUUUUUCACGCAUAUAUUCACAACAUCAGGGCUAGAAUAUUGCUUUGAAAGCUCAGGGAACUGGGUUGUCUGAACUUCCUACAAUCCAGAAUCUUAUCAUUGCUGAAUGUCCCUUUGAUUUCCCCCUGUGCUGUUUCCUGCAUAGACGACAUUCAUACAUAGCACAGAUAGCCUGAGAAAAUCCCAACAAUUUUUUUAGCAUCUUCUGUAAAAAAAAUAAUCCUCAUUUCUUAACUUCCUCCAGAAAGUUGGAUUUGGUUAUUUUUGGCAGUCCCCUUAGAUUCUGCUCCAGUAGUUUAUUGUGUUUAGGGCAGUGUGGUUAUAACUUAGCCUUCUGGCUUAGAAAAAUGUGGAAUUAAACAAGCUUGUUUCUCUCUUCCCCCUCCCCCCAAAAAAGUGACGGUGGCCUUCGUUUUGGAGAAAUGGAGAGAGACUGUCAGAUUGCUCACGGCGCAGCACAGUUCUUACGAGAGAGAUUGUUUGAGGCAUCAGACCCGUAUCAGGUUCACGUGUGCAACCUGUGCGGCUUAAUGGCAAUAGCAAACACCAGGACACACACCUACGAGUGCAGGGGGUGCCGUAAUAAGACACAGGUAUGUGGAAAGAUACCUGUUUCUCUCUCACCCUCCUUAAUCUCACCAACCCUGCUUAAUCCUUUCUCAUCCUUUUGGGUUCCACCUUCAGGCCUUCUGCCAUUUCGAAACCCUCUGCAAAAUCUGUUGCUUCCGCCAAAACCUUCCCUGUCUGCAAACCCCUUAUUCACUACAUUGUUCCACACGAUUGCCUUACAUCUGGGUUUAAUAAGGGUCAUGGGAAGCCCAGGGCAGCAUAGCAGUGCAGAGAAUGUCUUGCGAUUCCACCGUGUGUAGGAUGCUCAUCGCCUAAGGUACUAGGUUAGAUUUUAGAACUUAACUUGGACCUUUCCUUGUUUUGAGAUGCAUUCCAUCCAUUGGGUGGGUUUGCUUAGUGCAGGGGUGGGGAACUUUUGGCCCUCCAGAUGUUGGGCUCCUGAUUGUAGUUGGGUCCCAACUGGCAGCUGUAGCCCUACAUUAGUUGGAGGGUCACAGCUUCCCUAUGCUUGACUGCUGGCUCCCAACUCUGCAUCACACCAAAUUGAAGCAAGGCAAUGCAGAAGUUGUAUCUGUGUAUCAGUAGUGUGCUGAGUGAGGGCCAAUCCAUUGAAGCUCAGCCGAGAUGCGAUAGAAAUUACGAGAGCAGGAUGUGGUGUUCAGCCUCUUCUAGAUAAGGUUGCAUUCCCCUAAGGCAGGCUAUACAGUGGUGCCCCGCAAGACGAAUGCCUCGCAAGACGAAAAACUCGCUAGACGAAAGGGUUUUCCGUUUUUGCGUUGCUUCGCUAGACGAAUUUCCCUAUGGGCUUGCUUCGCAAGACGAAAACGUCUUGCGCUUUUUUUUUAAAGCCGCUUGAAGAGGCGCAGUUGCGACGGACCGUGCUUCGCAAGACGAAAAACAUCGCAAGACGAAAAGACUCACGGAACGAAUUCUUUUCGUCUUGCGAGGCACCACUGUAGUUUGACUUUUCUCACUUGUUUGUUACUUGUCCAUCUAGUAACUGUUUGGAUCUGUCAUGAUGAUAUCCAAACAUAAAUACUGUACUGUAUAUGUCAAAGAGAAAAACUACAACCAGACUUUUAGAAGACAUCUGAAGGCAGCCCUGUUUAGGGAAGCUUUUAAUGUUUAAUAGACUACUGUAUUUUAAUAUUCUGUUGGAAGCCGCCCAGAGUGGCUGGGGAAACCCAGCCAGAUGGGCGUGGUAUAAAUACAACAACAACAACAAUUAAUUAUUAUUAUUUCUGUGAAAUAAAGAUCCCUUUAUAUGUUUAUUUCAUAACCUUAAAUGACUUCAGAGGCAUGGGAGAAGGGAAGGCUUCCUGAAGAAUGACAAUGGGAGGGUGUGGUAGAUCACUGCCAGUUUUGGAUACUGGAUAGUAGCCUAUAAGGAAUCAGGGCUUGCAACCGGUGGUUGCUGACAGAACCAGCACUCUCUGGUGGUCCAAGUGGAAUCUGAAGCAUGCAUCGCCUUAUAUCCCCUAAGCCUGGGGUGGUUGCUGUAGCCCUUCCUGGGCAGACAGAACCUGGCCACUGCUCCUUGGUAAGCUCCAUAUUAGACGCCUACAGCAUGUUGCCGUAUGUGAUCCAGAUGCAAUUCAAAGGGCUUGGGAGCCUGAUAUCUGAAGGACUGUCCUCUGCCACAUGUGCCUGCCCAUCGGAGACAUUGCCCCACUCUUGAAGUUAGCUUUCACACCCAGCCACCACCCCGUCUCACAGGUGGCACCAUGUACAUAGAUUGCCUUCCUAAGGGAUGCUUGCCUGGUGCUGCUGACUUUGUCAUCCCAGCACCAGGCAAACACUUUUUAAAAAUUUGCCCAUGCUUUCCAGCAUGUCGCUGAAGCUGUUUUUUUCAGUUCUUCUGAGGAUUUAGCACCCCGUUUCUGUUGCUUUUUUCAGAUUUCAACAUUGAGUCCUGCUGCAUUUGUUCCUUUAAUUAUUGUGAGAGCUGCCCUGGGAGUUUUAAAGGGGAGGUUGGUGCCUAAAUAUUGAAAAAUACAUUUUUUACUAAUAUUUGUCAACCUUUUUUUCAGAUUUCUCUGGUUAGAAUGCCGUACGCGUGCAAACUCCUUUUCCAGGAACUGAUGUCGAUGAGUAUCGCACCUCGAAUGAUGAGUGUGUAGCCUUCAAACAGAUCUCCCUUCUCCUUGGCGCCAAGUGAUUUUUACCCUUCUGAAUUUUUUGAGUCGCAUGCUUUCUUUAAAUGUUUUUAAAAUUCAGAAACCUAUUUCAUGGCUGAGGAUUUUCAGACUGUUCAGUGUGUGAGCUCAUUUUUUGUAAAUAGAAAUAAAAGCUUUUCAGCCAUGCACCCAUUGUAAAAUAUUUUAUUGAUACUUUAGCAAAAAUUAUACAAGGGAUGAAUAACUGUAGAGAUGGCAUGAAAGGGAAAUAAACACAGCAGUUUUCCGGGAGAUUAACAU